AUGCGCUUCAUCAGCCUCCUCGCCACCGCGCUGGCCGUCGCACCAUCCACCGUGUACGGCUAUGGUGUUUUCAGCGUCGAGCUGAGUUACCACGAGGACUGCCACCCCGGUAACAAACCCACUCAAGCUCUCGGGGCCCCUAAACAUGAGACUGCCACAAAGGAUACAUGCGCCAAGAUCCCAACGAAACACAGCAUGAGCAUCGAUUCGUACUCGUUCUCGGCCACAGCGGUCACCAAAGAUACGACAGAAAAGUGUCAUGGAAUUGGGAUUUUCUCCAACGAGGAGUGUGUGGGGUAUCCGGAGAUGGUUAUACCCAUCCAUCCGGGGGAAGUACACGUUAAGACGCCAUGUUUUUCAGAUCUGCCAUAUCAAAAGCAUCUCGGGGUACGGCUAUUCUGCAAGGAUUAG